GGCAGCCUUUCCGUAACUCUUAAUUAAUUCAUUAAUCUCUUUUUCAACCAGCAUGUUCUCAUUCACAAGGUCACUUGGUACUCGUCUAUCCGGUAUCACUGCCAGAUAUGCAUCCACAGCCGCCAAUGCUGCUAUCAAGCCCGUAUACACUGCUCCAGCUUCUGUAUCAAUACCAAAGCAAUUCAAACCCAACACUCGUGGACAGGGAUUAAUGGAAUUGAUUUCAAAGGAAGAGAUCAAACGGAUGGGAGCAGACGGUCGUUCUAAUCUCUUCAACAAAUCCCAUCCGGAUUGUCUCCGUCCUGGAGAUGUGGUUCUUGUAGAGACACUCAACUCAAUGUCCUCUGACAAGACCAGCACCUUCAUCGGAGUCUUGAUCGCAAUGGACCGCCGUGGUCUCCACAGUAAUUUCACAGUCAGGAACGUGGUCCUCAAAGUUGGCGUCGAGAUGAAAUACAUGCUAUAUUCACCCCUGAUCAAAUCUGUCCGCAUCAUGAAGCGAGGAGAAGGUUUCAGGAGAGCAAAACUUUUCUACUUGAGAGACAAUCCAGGACGUGCUUUCCGUUUGGAGGGCUUGGCUAAGCAGGAUAAGAUCACUCAGGCUCAAGCUCAGGCCAAGAAGGCAGCAACAGACAAGGCAUAGCUCCAUCAAUGAGCAGGAGGAGGAUUAUAGGAAGAAGAGAGAGAGGAGGAGAGGGGAGGAGGGGCAUUUGGCAACCAUUAGAACAAUUUACGGAAUAGCUUUGGCAACUUUUUGAAAUAUUUACAAUACAUCAAUACAUGUUAG